AUGAGCCCAAGUACGAUGUCCACUGCCCAAGACGUGUCCUCCAAGGUCUCCAUCGAUAAGUUUGAUGGGGACAACUACGCGACUUGGAGUCGUUACAUGCGUGGCGUGUUCCUGACCAAGUCGGUCUGGCACGUCGUUAACCGUGAGACGACGCCGACCUUCGCGGACCCUCGUCCCAUGGAAGAUUACGUCCGGUCGAGCAACAUCGCGUUUGGACUGAUGUUGCUCCACAUGGACGCCGACUAUCAUCACGUGGUUGAUGAUUGUGAGGAAGCAUGGGUCGCAUGGGCGCGUUUGAAGACGCUUUACGGUGGAUCGCAGAAGGCUGGGCGCAUUUUUCUGAAGCGCCAGCUCUUCAGUAUGGAGAUGAAGGAAGGCGGCAAUGUGAUGCAUCAUUGCAACGAGGUUCUCAACAUCAGCGCCAAGCUUACCAGCAUCGGCGCCAAGAUGGAGGACGAAGACGUGGCGAUCUGUUUCGCUGAAUUACGAUCAAGAGACAUUGUGAGGGUGCUUACGAAUGAGCACAUCAAGAAGCAAGGCGAGAAGACGGCAUCGGUGAAAGUUGAAGAAGCGGCCAAGGCUUUCAGCACCGAGCGCGAGCCUCGCCAGUGUACGUACUGCGGAAAAUUGGGGCACACGGCAGAGCGGUGCUGGACCAAGCAGAAGGAUGAGAAUCAAGGUGCUCGACGCGGCGGUAACAACCGAGGACGCGGAGCCAACAAUGUGCAGUGGCGAACCAGCAGCAACAACUACGACGACGAUUACGAUCGAGUAGCGUUUGCGGUUUCGCUGGAAGCAGGACUAUCGACGGGCAAGAGCAUGCCUGGAAUGUGGGCGAUUGACAGUGGAGCAACGCACCAUGUAUGCAACAACAAGGCCAAGUUCACGACGCUGAAUGAGCAAGAUGAAGGUGAACUGUUGGUGGCUGACGGCAACAAGGCCGCAAUCAAGGGUGUGGGAACCAUCAUCGAACGAGUGGUUCUGCCCAACGGCGAAGAGCGCGACAUUGGAAAAAAGUCAGGUGUACCCUGA